CCACAACGACUUCGCCAUCACUGCUCUUCAUCCCCACAUCGUCGUCUGUUCAUCCCUGGCACAAUGACAGAAAACACUUCACAAACAAAUCAACCCUCACUCCACCCAUUGGAUCUUCCCGAGAUCCACAGCCUCAUCAGCUCAUUCCUCCUUGGCGAUCUUCCGACCCUGAGUGCUUGCGUACGCGUCUCAAAGGCCUGGAACGCCUCGUUUCUUCCUCCUCUGUGGUCCCACAUAGACCUAUCCAGAGUGCUUCCCUUGCCAGAGAAUCUCAAUCCUAGGAGAAAUGAGCGCCAUCCAUUUGCGCCUGUGCUUCAGAAACAUGCCCACCUGAUCCGACAUAUAUCAGCACUGUUCAUGAGCCUGGACGCAGGAUCCCUCGGCCACCUCCCGACCCUCCUCGACGACCCCACGCUCUAUAUCAAUCUACAGACCUUCAGGAUCUCUCAGGAUUACAGUAUGAGGCUUAAAAAUGACAUUUCCGACAUUACGAUCCAUGAGCAUUACUGGGGAGACCUUGCGUCCUUCCUGAGACGGGUCCCGUCCUUAAGGGAAUUAGUCAUCCGAAGCAUGAAUUCGCAUGUCAUACCGGUCGCUGUUUGGCAGACGAUCGCGACCUCGCUUCCGACUCUUCGAACCCUUGUCUUCAACGGCGCUCACAUGGAUGGUGAAGAUCCACUGCGGUUCGAUUACUUCCUGGACGCUUGCUCGAAAGUCGAGUCCCUCGACCUCGAUUUCUUUUCCUUUUGGGACCCUCCUGCUCACAACCCUCGCUGGACGUCGACAGAUCCAUUGUUUCCGAGACUGGUCUCGCUCAAUUUUUUUGGUCGCAGGGCUGAGGAGCUGAGACUUUUUGAGAGGUGCCUCCAAACCCCGGGGUUAAGGCGAUUGACCUGGUCAACUAGGUUCCCGACUCAAUUUACGCCAGCGGAGAAGACUCCGGAGGUUACGAGGCUGAUUGUGGAGGCCAGGCUCCAGAAUUUGGAGUAUUUGAAUUUGUGGGACGGGCUUCCAUUCAAAGAUGAGGAAAUUGCGAGAAUUUUGGAUUCGCUAGGUAGGCCGUUGAAGGAGCUGCGUGUGAGUGCAUCGGAGUUUGGGUACCUGUCAUGGAAUGCGCUACUCAGGGGUCAUUCGCAAAUGGAGGUAGAUCCUACGGCGACGGAGUCGGAUUCAUCGCGCCCUGAUGUUGUGCGGUUGGCGCAUGCGGCGACGCUUCGUACCCUGGACUUGACGCUUUGUCCGGAUGUUACGGACGAUAUGCUGGCGCAGAUCAAGAGGGAUUUCCCUCGGCUUGAACAGUUAUUGUUAAGAGAAGAGCCUGACUAUGACUCCUCAGAAGAACUGGAGGAGUAACAUUGUCUGCUUGACCUAUUUGAGUAAUUAAUACUCGAUUUUGACACCCAUUCAUACUAUCUCUGAGAUAAUAAUGCAAAGAGUGCGAGCGUAGAAUCAUAGCGCCUAAUCUUGGACGAGUUAGUUCUCAAAUAAAAUUGGUAAAACAAUUGAGCG